ACAGUCGAUGCGUGGUGUAGCCGCGACAGUGUGUGUUGUGUGGAUUUUUUUGUUUAUAUUGUGGUUGCCUUGAUGUGAUUACAAAAAUAUUAAUAGAGAUGAAAAAAAUUCGAUCCUUGUGUUUAUAUGUUUAACAUGACUACGCUUCGUUUCAAUUAAAGCGUUUAUAAGGAUUGAUUAUCUACGAUGACGAUAUUAAUUUAUGACUAUUACGAAUUGGAGGAGAGAGCCUCCAGACAUCUCAACGCAUGGAAAGCGUGGCAUUUGAUACUGUUUUCCGCAGCAGGAAUAUUCGGUAUCCUGAACUAUGUGUUCCUCCAGAACACCAUGCAGUUAGUAGAGUACAAUUGUGUGCUGAUGCCAAGGAAGUUGGAAUUCCGAACCUUCGAAUUGCCCAACAAUACGGCUGACGUCGACAAUAAUAAAAUAAACUCAACAUAUUUUAGCUUUAAAGGAAUAUCGAGCAAUACUGAGAAAACUGAAGCCUAUGUAACUGAAGCAGUGACUGAACAAAAUGACUCGGCUCACGACGAUAAUAAAACUAAUACAGUUAGUAAGAAUAAAAGAGAAGCGAUAGAGAACGACGUUCACCGUGAUAUUAUUGUUGAAGAGGAGAACGUGAUGAUGUUGACAGGUUUAGGAAAUGAAACCCAUCGUCUAGUUCUGGAUACGUCACGGACAUUGUUCGCACGGGAUAUGGACUGCCAGUUCACCGAAUACAUGCCUAUCAUGUCCACGGUGUUCGCUGCUCUCUGGAUAACUUUCUUCACCAUGUGCCCAGGAGGUGGACAUUCUAGAACAGGGUACUGAAAUUUCUAAAAGUAUUAAACAACUUUCAAUUAUCAUUUGAAACAGCCUUAGUGUCGAGAAGGUAAAUAUUAGGUUUUUUUUUAAUCGAAUAAAGGAUACAAACGAGUUCACAAUCCACCUGAUGGUAAGUGAAAGCUGUGGUCGGCGGAUUGGGACGAAAUGCGGUCUUUCUUUGCAUCCUACCCUUGGAGGCGGGUUUGCUUCUUGCCGGAUGAUCUCAGCGCUGUUGCUGUCUCUGUCACUGAUGUGGUGCUACAUGGAAUGGAACUAUUUAUUUCAUCAUCUGUGGUACCCAUCGGAGGCAGAUCUCAGCCUUGGUUUGGUCGCUUCUGUAAGACUGCAUUACGCAGUAAGCAGGCGUGUUAUCAGGCCUGGGCCGAAGCUUCGACGGCUCGGGAUGUAAACACCAGCAUGCUUAAAAAGAAGUAUAACUUCGCCUCCAGGUCCUUCAAAAGAGUUAUUGCCAAUGCAAAGUCAAAGCACAUAGGCAGAAUUGGCGAGAAACUAGUGCGUCUUCCUUCGGGAACACGUGCAUUCUGGUCUCUCGCCAAGGCUGUCCAAAGGAAUUUCUGUAAGCCAUCACUACCAUCUCUGCACAGGGAGGACUACUCACAGGCCCACGCCGCAAUAGAGAAAGCCGACUUUUAGGCUCCCUUUUUGCGUCCAACUCGACUCUUGAUGACGGGGGAAACACACCGCCGACCAUCCCGCGGUACCAGUGCUCCAUGCCGGAUGUGCGGUUCUCACAGCGCACGGUUUGUAAAGCACUCCUCUCCCUGGACAUCCACAAGUCGAGUGGGCCUGACGGAAUCCCCCCAAUUGUGCUGAGGACGUGUGCUCCGGAGUUGGCACCGGUUCUAACUCGUCUUUUCCAGUACUCCUACUCCCUAGGCGUAUUCCCGAAAUCAUGGAAGACUGCUUUUGUCCACCCGAUCCCUAAAAAAGGCGACCGCUUAGACCCAUACAACUACAGGCCUAUCGCCAUCACCUCCUUGUUCUCCAAAAUAAUAGAAUCCAUUAUAAACUGCCAGCUCAUGCGGUACCUUGAGAAUCACCAGCUGAUUAGUGACCUCCAAUACGGUUUUCGUCGGGGUCGAUCAGCUGGUGAUCUUCAGGUCUACCUGACUCAUAGAUGGGUAGAGUCCAAGGGAGAGGCAUUGGCUAUUAGUUUGGACAUUGCAAAGGCCUUCGAUCGGGUUUGGCAUAAAGCGCUUCUUUCGAAGCUCCCAUCCUAUGGGCUUCCCGAGAAAUUGUGCAAUUGGAUCACCAGCUUUCUUGCAGAUCGGAGCAUCAAGGUUGUUGUAGACGGUGCAUGCUCCGACUACAAGCCUAUUAACGCUGGUGUUCCACAAGUCUGCGUGCUAUCACCAACGCUGUUUCUUGCAUGUCAAUAAUAUGUUGCAAACCGGUAACAUUCAUUGCUAUGCGGAUGACAGCACUGGUGAUGCUCUAUACAUCGGCCGUGCCAAUAUUUCUCAGGAAAACGUCGCCGAGUACCGGAACAAACUUUGUCUGAAGUCGAGUCGUUGCUGAACAAAGUCUCGGAUUGGGGGCGACUAAAUCUUGUCCAGUUUAAUCCUCAAGUUUGCGGGUUUACCGCUAAAAAGAACCCCUUUGUCGUACCUCCUCAAUUUCAAGGCAAUUCCCUUGUUGCCGAAAAGCAAACCAAGGGUAAAAACACGGCAUCCUAUCUCGAUCGGCCGGCCUAUAUUGCCAUACACGGUGGCAGCCUGUAGAAAGCAACCGCGAUGUUAAAACAGUAAAACAGGGAACGUGCGUAAUCCUCCACGUCUGGAAUUCGCGUAGGCGAAGUACCCGUUGUGUUAGACAAUAUGCCAAGCCAAAGUCAUAAACAGAUCUCCCCGCAUGUUCGGUUAAACGAUAGUUAAUCAAAACGGUAACUUCACAGACAGAGACCUAAUAUGUAUAUUGUUACGUUCUUGCGACGUACUACCUUGUUAUGCUCUAAUAGUUAACUUUGUAAUCAGAGAGAUUU